ACGAACACAUUGCGAAACAUAUUGGCCAGAUUAAUGCGAGCAUUCCUAAGAUUACUUAUAUGGAUCUUUCAAAUGAAAGUGAAGCCAUCGACUCUUCACCUGAUCUGAUGUCUCUUGAUAUCCCUGUCUCAUCUGUAAGGCCCUCUUUACUGAGUUCACAGGACCAAGAGGUGGCAAGUGUCCAGGGAAAAGAGAAGACAAAUGAGCCCAGGCAGGAUAUUGAUAAUGAUAUGGAUAGUGGGUGGGACUCUUUCGCCAGACUUUCACCACUCGGCGAUGAUAUCCUGAAAAGUUACACUCGGACAUCUCAGACUUGGAGACUGGAUUUUAUCUAUCCCACAUCAUUUUAUGAGUACUUGUAUCUACAACUAUUUUUGAUGUUAUGAGUAUUGGCAAUCAAUUUUUAAUUUUUUUUUAUUCAAUAUGUAUGUAAUGACUUCAGUAUGAAUGAAAUGUCCCUUGGUGUUCUGGUCUUUGAU